UAUUUUCCCCUCAAAACAUAUCACUAUAUCAAAAUGACGAACUUCCACCGCUUUCAUGAUUCAUGGGCGGAAAAACUCAACAAAUUCACAGCCGAGCUCGCUAGCACCCCAACACCACGCCCCAACUCUACCUCAGAGCAUGAACAUGUUCGACAACUCGUCGAUGAGGUAGUCGCUCAUUACGUCUUCUACUACCAAACUAAGAUCAAUGAGGCACGUACCGAUGCCCUCCCUUUAUUUGCCGCUGCAUGGGCAACCACCCUAGAGCGGUCCCUUUAUUGGGUGGCCGGCUUUCGUCCCACCACCCUUUUCCACCUUGUUUAUACCGAGUCUAGUAUUAGGUUUGAGUCCCAUGUAGCGGACAUCCUACAGGGUCGCCGCACGGGGGACUUAGGGGAGCUCACUCCGGCCCAACUGGCCCGGGUUAGCGAGCUUCAGUGUUUGACCGUCAAAGAAGAGAACGAGAUUGGGAAUGAGUUAGGUGGGUGGCAGGAGGAGGUGGCCCGGUCCGAGCCCGAAUGGUCCGGGCUUUGUGGAAACGGGCCUGACGGGCUGAACCGUUUGGUUGCUAGGCUUGGUUCCGUGGUGGCUAAGGCGGAUGAAUUGAGGAUGAAGACGUUACGGCAGGUGGUGGAGCUUUUGACACCGCAGCAAGCAGCCGAGUUUUUGAUCGCGGCCGCUGAGCUGCAGUUGGGGAUUAGGCGGUGGGGUGUGCAUCAGGAUCUGGUACGUGGCGAGGAGAGGUGAUAAUAUAUACUCUUGGUGACAAAUCGAGAUGUGAUGUUUGCAUGCAUGUUUUCUUUUUUGAUCAAUUUACCGUAAGAUCCUAAAAGAGUAAAUUCAAAUUAAUUUGGUAAUUUGAUUUAACCAGGAAAUUUAAGUGAAAUUUUCUGAAAA